ACCCAAACUUAGACUCUUUCACAAUUAAAAUUCUGAGUGUUGAUGAUGACUUUGUUUAAAUGGACAUCUUGUUACGCUAAUCAUUUCUUCAACAAGUGUCUGUUUUUUCUUUAAGCCCGCCCAUCCCUCCAUCUCUUUCCCUCUCACCCUCUCUGUAUUGGAUGUUCAACUCUUGUGCUCUGUGAGUCUUUUGUUCACCAAAGAUCCCUCGCAUUGCUACAUGCCAGACUGGAGACAGUACUCACCAGCACCUAGUUUAUACCAAGCCAGUGAGUUUUCACCUCCUGAACACUAAGAACUGACAAGAGUCGGAAGCAAAUGAAAAAGGAUAUUUUGUCAGUAAUUUGGUAAGUAAUAGUAUCAGCAACACUGUGGAGUGCUGUAAUGAAAGGGAAAUUAAAUUGUGUCUUAUCAUCUACAAUAAUUUGCACUUAUUUUUUUUUAUUUCGAACAGAUCCCUCACAGCGAUGACCUCCAGCAUUCUUGUAAUUACUUGCAGUGAAUUUCUGGCAUGUCUCAUAGUAAGAGGUGCUGUUGAACCAGGGGAUUUUCAUUAAUACCUCCGCUGUAAAAGGGCUUUUAUUGCAAGCUGAAACUCGACACCUGUGAGCAGUUACCUGAGCACCGGAGGGAUGACUCUCCGCAGACCAGCUGCCCACCUACGAAAAACUCAGGGUUGGAGGAGAUCGGGAGAUGACUCUUACUGGGAGAGCUUAAUAGCAGAGGGGGAGGUUUUGCCCCGUGUCUCACGGCCCCCACGUGCACCUCGGCCCCAGAGUGCCAUUGAAGGAGGCCAGCUGGACAGCUGGCUGGAGCACCUGCAGAGGAUGCAGAGCAACCUUCUCAGAGCCCCAGACCGAGAUCAGCAUCCAACUUUCAACAAUCAAAUAACAUCCAUUCCUGCUCUCUGCAAAGAGCCAACCGAACACCCCUUGGGACAGCCAGGGAUUCCCUCCUUCAGCAGGGUGGCGUCUUCAUGUGGGAGUCCCAGCGUGUGUGAGAGUUCACUGGGCAGCCAGGAGUCACUCCAAAGUGGGUUUUUUUCUCCUCCAGAGCGCAGAGGAAGCUGGGAGAGAGCUCAUAUCAUGCAGGUCCCAAAGAAGGAGCAGACUCAGCUAAGUUACCUUGCUCCAGUCAAACUUGGGUGGCUGCCAAUCCAAAGAAGAGUGGUAGUGGCUGAUUCUUGCAACCGAAACCAGUUUUUGGACCAUUCUCCUGGCCAGGUGAAAUUGAAACAACCCAUCACUCCAACAAUUCAGACAGCUAACAGGCACCAGGAUGAAGAGGUGGAGAGGAGUCACACCAGUCCUAGUGAUUUGGGUGUGAAGACGUGGCAGACACUUGGCCAAAACUCCCCCGUUGCUAAACAGGUGCCAGAAAAAGGAAGCUUUCCGGUCAACGAAGGGGGCAGACCCGUGGGCUGGCAAACACUGAGGAGGGGCUGGAAUACUAACAGGGUAUCAGCUUUCCCUGGAGGCACUAAAUCCAAUGAGCUCUCCACAGGGACCAGCUCAGAUCCCAACAGGAAGUCCCCUCCGAUGAAAACAACCAGCAUAGAGCCCCUAAAGCAAACUCUACAUCGAACAACUUCUGCUGAUCCCUCCAGACCACACACUUUACUUCAAGGAACAAACAACAUAGAGAUAUACAAGCCCUAUACUCAUUUGCAAAGGACAAGCAGUGUUCAGCCCAUAAGGGCAACAGCCCCACUGUGCAGCACGAACAGCAGCUCACAGCCCUCACAAAUACAAACGAGUUCUGCUGUGACGGCUAUCAUCCCUCAGAACAAAACUGGUUUCUCCUCCAUCACUAUCUCCUCCAGGAAAGUGAACAGAUCGGCCAGUUUGCCUGGCUUCAACACCUGCAGCCAAUCUUCCCGGUCCACCCCAUCUCCACCACCAGCUGACCAGUCCAUGGACCCAAACUCCAGGCAGGUCACAGUGCAGAGGAAGGCCACUAUAGUCAAAGUGACAGAGCAAAGGAUGGUGUCCAGCCCUGUGUCGAGCACAGAUAGGGCUGGGACCCAUCCAACUAGCCGUGCUUUGGAUACAGUGGUCCACAGAAGAAAGGCUACUAUCAUCAAAGUGACAGAGCACAGAGAGAGCUACAGUCCAGCCAAAGUAGGAUCUGGGACGAAGCACCCAGAGUACAGGCACAGCUACACAGAUGGAGUGUACAAGGAAACCAGCAUGUUGAGUCAGGGAUUCCAUUCACAACACAAUGAAGCACCUACAUAUCUCCAACUGGAUUCUACAAAGAGGUCAAAUUCUGCCAUGGCACCAAAUAAAUCCACUUCAGAUGUAGAGAAAAAUGGUGGAACAUUGCACAAGUCCACACUGAGUCUUUUUGUGAGCACCCCCCCUGCUAUAGCACCCGCUCCCUCAGCGGUUUCUCUCAGGGCUGUUGGACGGAGAUCGGACAGGACACCCAGGCCACUGAGCUGCUAUGGCAAUGUGUUUGGACACACUGAGCCAAGCAAGGAGAAUGUGACCGAACCGGCUGCCAGGAAAUGGAGCUUUGGGCUUCCACAAAAGACCAAUAUCAACCCUGUGAACUUUAACAGUAGUUUCGUCAGCCCUGCAACACCAGUGAAAGAAACAGGUCAGCUAGCGGCAGACACCCUUGAGCCAAACAGAGGCGAGAAAGAAAGACUGCUGCCAGGGAAUGCAGAAAGGAGAGCAUCUCCAAGUCUAACUCUCAUCAAGGCCCCGGAUCCCCACUCAAACCAGACUCCAGAAGAAGUGCUGGCCCUCAAUGCAGCUGCAAUCAUUGCAAAUAUCAAACUCCAAAGACAACUUAGUAAGAAGAAAACGCCAAAUGGCAACUGUGUGAAGGACUCCACUGCAGCACCCCAGGGAAACUCUGACGAGGAGAAAUGCAUGAAGCCUCAUCCAGAUCAAAGCCCGUUGCAGCGCCACAACCAGCCUCAUGCUGCAUUUAUUCCACUGAGUCCUGACCCUGAAAGGUCACCUGAAACUUGUUCUCUACAGGAGGCGCUGCAGAGGUCCAGACCAAACUUCAUCAGUCGUUCCCAGUGCAGAUUGCGAGAACUGGAGCAAAGAAAACAGGAAAGGAGGAAGCUGGCGCAUUCAGCAGACCCACCAUCAGAUGCUGCUCUCAGGCAGAGGAGAGUCCACAGUGCUGGGUCUACCUCCCUCAGUGAUAACCUUUUCAAACCCAGAGAUAGAGCCAUUACUGGAAAAGAGACGCAGCUCCGAUCUAAGCGUGCGCUUGCAGAGGUGAAAAGGAAAAAAGAAGAAGAGAAGAAGGAGGAGUGUUUGAGCAACAGACAGCGUGUUGAACUUUUCAAAAAGAGACUGUUGGAUCAGAUUCUUCAAAGGAACAACAGCUGAAUGACUGACAACAGAUGAAGAUAAUGACAUGAUGCCUGCAGCAUUGUAUGCCAGGCAAAUGAAGUGAACUUUUGACAGAGAUGAAUAUGAAGUAAAAUGUCAAUGUAGGUCACGAUAUGAUUGUAGCUGUCCUUCAGCCCCUGUUUUCUUCUCAUGUGUGAUAGCAUUACGCUGGACUUACUGAGGUUAACAUCUGUUUUUCUGGAAGAUAAAUCCAUCAAGCUUUCAAAAACCCAGAAGGUCAUUUAACAACACUUGCUGCUGUUUUGAAGGUUUUUCCAGAACCUUCAAAGACUCUUUCAGUCCAUCUGGAUUAAAAAAAAAAGCCCAAGCACAAGACUUUCAAACUAAAACUUACAGUGACUCUAUGUAUGUCCUGAUCUAACAGAAGUACUGAGCAAAGAGAUAUGUCCAUCUAUGUCUGGGUGAAGAAACAAAAGGCAGUUUAGGAGAGCUUAAAUGGCUAGAAAAAGUUUUGUUUUGGUUUUUCUACUGCAGUAAACAGAAGUGAUUUGAUUCUUUAAAGAUUCUACGAAUACCUUCAGAACUGCACUUACGAUCUUCUGGGGGUUUGCAAGAUUGCCAUAGUUUUAAGUGUUGAGAAGAACGUACGCUUGUCUGUGGGAUUCAGCUGUCCUCACUGCCCUUGUGGUAUGCAGUUACAAAGCCAAAAAUGGAUGGACUGUAUGAAAUCAUGUCUCAGCUUUCUGCCUUGGUUGUAAUCAAAUAUCACAUUGAGCCUCAUGAACACAAUGACCGAUACCCUUUUGAAGUAACAUCUAGACCAGUAAUGCAUGCUUUUUAUCAGCGUUAUCUUGUUUUCACUUGAUUGCAGAUUGCCUUUCCUUCCAGAAUAUUUCAUGUAAUGGGAUGCAGAGUGGCCUCUCCCUGCGUGAUAAAACACCGCUGUCCUCACGCAGCCACUUUCACAUGAUCUCAUGUGAUGUGAAGCGGUGAUAUAAGACAGAAUCAUUCAUUAUGCUUCACAGUCUCUCAUCCAGGACAGUCCUCAACCAUCAUCCUCAUUAGCCGACCAAUAAGCAGAGAGAAGCCCGAAGUGGGCUCUGCCAUGAUUCAGUGCCAGCUAUUAGCUGGUAGGAUGGAGGAAUGUGACCUCUUCUCUCUGGAAAUGCCCGGUUAAUGGACAGUACUGAUUUGAAUGGAGCUUUUGUCUCUGUCUCUGGCUCAUGAUGGACUGGGGUUCUGCCAUUGCAGAUUUAGAUUUGUGUGUUUUGAGUCAAAGUGAAUGUGCUCAAAGUGCUGCUGUGCAACGUGAUGGAGCUGGAAGUAAAUCAAAAGUGAGGCGUGUGAAUUUUUAUUUUUGGAAUAACAGAGAACAGAGCAGAUGCUCUUUUCAUUAUUCCUAAUUGUUAUUUCACUCAUUAUCCUUUAAGUUGGAGUUCUUUCAUAGUCCAGCUGCUUCAUCCAUCAAAAUUAGCACUGAUGUCUCAGAGAUGACAGACAAUUGCUACUGUUUUUGUAAACCUUAUUUCAUGUCAGAGCACAUGGAUGUGUGUAUGGUUGUAUGGUAGGAGAUUAUUAAAAACAGCAUUUGUGGUCCAUAACUGUUUCCUUCUUUCUAAAAUGAGUGAUUUGAUCUAUAAUGUAUAAUAAGACACCUAUGAACCAUAACUACUGCUUGAGGAAGGUUAUUUACUGUGUGUGUGUUUUUUCAUCUGUGCAAAGGCUUCACCGAAGACUUUUAUCUUGGAAGGUAAAAAAUAAUAAUUAAAUUCUUUAUAAUUAAACUAAAUGUAUUCCUUAUGUAUUUUAUAUUUGAGUUGGGUUCAGAUAUCUUGUUUAAUUCUCUUUCAAA